UGCAAGCUGGAGCUGGUGGUGGGCUCCCCGGCGUCCUGCAUGGAGCUGGAGCUGUUCGGCGCCGAGGACGAGCCCCUGGGGACGCUGGACUGUGACGAGGCCCUGCUGGGCUCCUACCCCGUCACCGACGGCUGCCGCGUGCACGUGACGGACCGGAGCGGGGCCCGCGCCGGGCAGUUCGAGGACGUGUCACAGGUGGCCAAGUACGAGAUGGCCGAGAGCGACUACGACAAGAGGACAGAGUCGGUGCGCUCGUUCCUGCGGCAGCGCUCGUGGGGCCGCUGGGACCGGGAGCGGGAGCAGGAGCGGCAGCGGCAGCGGGAGCAGCGGCGCGCUCAGGAGGCGGCGGCGGCGGCCGCGCUCCCGCUCGGGGCGCGCUGCGAGGUGCGGGUGCCGGGCCAGCCCUGCCGCAGGGGCUGCAUCGCCUUCGUGGGUGAGACGGAUUUCAAGCCGGGGGUUUGGGUGGGGGUGCGCUACGAUGAACCGCUGGGCAAGCACGACGGAAGCGUGGGCGGCCGCCGUUACUUCGAGUGCCCCCCGAAUUUCGGCGCCUUCGUGCGGCCGCAGCACGUCACGGCCGGGAGCUUCCCGCCCGAGGACGACGGCCUGGACCAGGAGCUCUGAGCGGAAAUCCCGGAAUUAUCCCGGAAUUCCCCAAAAUCCCGGAAUUCCCACCGCUUUUCCCCGCUUUUUUCGGGGAAAAAAUCGCCCAAAAUUCGC